AUGGUUGGAUUCGAGUCCUCAAAAGAUAGUGGCUUGUCAAAAAUGGACUUUCUGGCCGCUGGCUGCGUGAGCGGAUUUUUCAGCCGGGCGUGUGUUCAACCGUUAGAUGUUGUAAAGGUCAGAUUUCAGGCUAUUCGAUGUAUAGCUGCCGAGGAAGGCUUUGCGGCAUUUUGGAAGGGUCAUGUAUCCUCCCAACUUUUAGCUGUCAGCUUUGCCGGGACACAGUUUGCCGCAUUUGAGAUAUAUACUUACUGGUGGUCUACGUUGUUGUCGCAUAACGCCAACCAACAGUCCUCCCCACUUUCUCCGUUACCCAACUUUCUUUGCGGCUGUCUUGCGGGUAUAACGGGGGCGACCGUCACUCAACCCCUUGACGUCCUUAAAACACGAUUCAUAGCCCAAGGUGAACCGAGGACAUAUAAGAACCUCAACGAUGCCGUUGUGUCCAUAAUGCGAAAAGACGGUAUCCCGGGAUUUUUCCGAGGCCUGACUCCAUCUCUUCUCCUCAUUGCCCCUCAGACGGGCCUUCAGUUUGCCGUGUACAAACUGAUCAAUAGAGUCGUUGAUGUCUUUACAAAAUCUGCCACGGAAUCUCCCGACCAUUCCACACCUUUACGGUCGAAACCACUUAGUGAGUAUUACUUGUUAUUACUUCCUAUUUGA